GGUGUGAAGAAGAGUGAACUCAAACAGUCCUUUGACUAUUCAUGUCCGUCAUCAUCAUCGUAAUCUCCCUACAUUUAUUAUUUAUCAAUCCCAAACCAAAGAAAUUUGCCAUUUUUGGUCUGACCCUCUUCUCUCAAGGAUUAAUAAGGUGAAAUUUGAAGGCCCUUUAAGGUUUAUUGAGCUUAAUUUUGGAAAGGAGGGUGAAAUAGGUAUAGGAAGCAGCUAAUUGUUAGAGCCUGCAUACUAAAAGAAGGGAGGCAAAGGUUGUUUAGAAAAUGACUUGGACUAGAAAGCGUUUGGAUGGUUGUGAUAGAGGAAAUGGAGCUGAGGGAUCAUCUGGUAGUCAGAGGAUCAGUGAAGAAAAUAGUUAUCUUAAUCAUGAGAUAGCGCUACUCACAAAAUAUACGUCAACUGCGCAUGAACGUUUCAGAAAAGUGGUACCGGGUAAGGCAAGGUUGCCCGUUUCACCUGUGCAAAUGUUGGUGGGAAGGGAAGGGAAUUAUUCUGGGAGAGGGAGAUUCUCAUCAGGAGACUGUUGUCAUGUUUUGAGUCGGUAUAUGCCUAUUUAUGGUCCUUCAGUGGUUGAUCGAAUGCCAAGUGGUGCAUAUGUUUCACAAUUUUCAGAAGAUGGUUCUCUGUUUGUUGCUGCAUUUCAGGAAAGUCAGAUUAAAAUAUAUAAUGUUGACAAGGGAUGGAGACUGCAGAAGGACAUUAGAGCUAGAAGCUUGCGAUGGACAAUCACUGAUACAUCCCUAUCCCCAGAUCGUCGUUUUCUUGCUUACUCAAGUAUAUCUCCCAUAGUUCAUAUUGUUGAUGUUGGAUCUGCUGCAACAGAAUCUCUUGCAAAUGUUACGGAAAUUCACGAGGGAUUGGAAUUUUCUUCAGAUGCUUCAGACUAUGAUGAGUAUUCUUUUGGAAUUUUCUCCGUGAAAUUCUCAACAGAUGGCAGAGAACUUGUGGCUGCUAGUAGUAAUAAUUCCAUUUAUGUUUAUGAUCUCGAAGCAAAAAGGCUGAGCCUCUGCAUUCCAGCUCAUGAGUCUGAUGUGAAUGCUGUGUGCUUUGCGGAUGAGACUGGUCACCUGAUAUAUUCUGGGAGUGACGAUUGCCUCUGUAAGGUUUGGGACCGUCGUUGCUUUGCCACAAAAGGGAAACCAGCUGGAGUCCUUAUUGGACACCUGGAAGGAAUUACUUUCAUUGAUACUCGUGGAGAUGGCCGUUACUUGAUCUCAAAUGGCAAAGAUCAGGUCAUCAAGCUUUGGGAUAUUCGCAAGAUGUCUUCAAAUGCUGAUUACGUACAAUGGCGUAGAGAUUAUGAUUGGGAUUACAGAUGGAUGGAUUAUCCAGAGCGUGCAAAAAAUUUGAGGAAUCCAAACGACCUAUCAUUGACUACCUAUAAAGGCCAUACAGUUUUGCGUACUCUCAUACGCUGUUAUUUCUCUCCAGCUCAUAGCACGGGGCAAAAGUAUAUCUACACUGGAUCUACAGAUUCUGUCGUAUAUAUUUAUGAUUUGGUGAGUGGAGCUCAAGUUGCAAAACUUGAUUUCCAUGAAGGGCCUGUAAGAGACUGCAAUUGGCACCCCUAUUACCCUAUGAUUGUCAGUUCUUCAUGGGAUGGAGUUCUUGCCAAUUGGGAGUUCCCUGGCAAUGGUGAAAUUUCUGUGCCUACAAGGCGAAACAGAAGAAGACGGCGGGCUCUAUACUGAACAGCAUUUCCGGUCUUGGAAAAUAUGACUAUACUUGUCAAUUACUAGCAUGUAUCGGAAAUUUUGUGCGGAAAGUUGAGUUAUCAAAUUAGCAUACAUCUCAAAUUUUGAUAUUGAUGCCGAUGGCUGUAUAUAUAUAUAUAUAGUUUCCUUGAGACGGAAUUCUUUUGACAUGAACAAUAGGAAAUACAAUGGUCAUAAAUUGUUUUCCUUUUCUUUUCA